GGGAAGAUGCACCUACUCCUGCUCCUGCCGGCCCUUCUCCUACCCCCCAGAACUGAGGCAGGGGAGAUCAUCGGAGGCAAAGAAGCCAGGCCCCAUUCCCGCCCCUACAUGGCCUACCUUCAGAUCCAGACUCCUGUGGGGCUGAGCUCUUGUGGGGGCUUCCUGGUGCGUGAAGACUUCGUGCUGACAGCGGCUCAUUGCCAGGGAAGGUCUAUCACCGUUAAGCUGGGGGCCCACAAUGUCAAGAAGCAGGAAAGGACCCAGCAGAACAUAAGAGUGCGCAGAGCCAUCCGCCACCCUGCCUAUAACCCGCAGAACAACCAGAACGACAUCAUGUUACUGCAGCUGGAGAGGAGAGCCAAGAAGAACCGAGCCGUGCAGACACUGGGCCUGCCUCGGUCCCGGGGCAGGCUGAGUCCAGGGACCCAGUGUAUGGUGGCCGGCUGGGGCCGGGUUGGCCUGAACAGGAAAACUGAGAAGCUCCAGGAGGCGCAGCUGAGAGUGCAGAGGGAUCAGGAGUGCAGCAGGCGCUUUCGUAUCUACAAAAGCCAAACGCAAAUUUGUGUGGGGAACUCCCGGGAGAGGAAGUCUGUCUUCAGGGGAGACUCCGGGGGCCCACUGGUGUGCAAUGGUGUGGGCCAGGGCAUUGUGUCCUAUGGAAGUAAUGAUGGGACUCCUCCAGCUGUCUUCACCAGGGUCUCGAGCUUCAUGCCCUGGAUAAGGAGAACAAUGAGGCGGUUCAAACAGUCAGACUGA